AUGGUUGCUGUCCCUAUGAUCGGAGCUGGCCCCUACGGCACAAGCCCAAAAUCGGCCCGCUCUAGCACAACCAACACACCAAAGCUCGAUGCAUCGGAAAUUGAAACCAUUUUCCAGCAAGUGAACUGGUCCCAAGACCGUGUCUCAGAAAGUUCAUCUGGCCGCUUCGGAUGGUUCUCGCGACAGUACAGCAAAAUCCAGCGUCGCAAAUUUGACUGGGGAGUGCGCACACCCAUCUAA